AGAGGCGUUCAAAGACAACAGUUGACAUUGGUCGCUGACUUGACGCGAAACCGAAGAUUCAUUCUACCCGGCAAAAUGUUAGCAUACACAAAUUUUUUGCUAUUCGUGCUUUUGGUCGGUGUGGCUACCGCUGCGGAUACCUCAAAGCCCACAACCACCAAACCCAUUUCGAUUACAACAGAAAUCAUCGAGUCGUCAAAGGAUCCACAAGCGAAUGUAGCGACGUUAACACCUCUGGCGGAUGGCCCCACAGAGCGACCCGAUGCGCCCUUCGACAUGAUCGCACAACGUAUGGACAUCACCAGCACGCUGGACGAUAACAAUGAAUAUCACUACCUCUGCACAGUGGGCAAAAAGCGUACACAGAACGUCAUGUGCUUCGCCGAGGACAACACACGCUGGGACACACCCCACGAUGUGAAUCUGAAACUGCGUUGCCCCAAAUCGGGUACAGGUUAUGAGAUCGCUUUCGCACAAGUCGAUGUCUGGAUGACGUCUAAUGAUUUAGACUGUCGCGUAACUGAGGGCGGUGUGGGUUAUGGAUAUGUCGGUCUACAGCUGACCGCCUAUAAAACAAAUACAUUCAGAUAUAUUGCCGAUGUUUUCUCGGUUUGACAAUAGGAUUAUGUUUCUGGAUAAUAUAUGAGGUAUAAAAUAAAUGGUGUGAUUAAAAGGA